GAUGGCUGAGCGUAUGUACAACAUCCUGCCGAUGCACAAGCGCGCGGCCGCGGCUUCGUACAUCAUCCCGCACCAGCAGCCCUUCGAGGUGCUCUACCGGCUCAACUGCGACAACCUGUGCGCUGACUUCCAGGAGGACCUCAGUUUUCGCUUUUCGUACGGCAUCACGGCGCUAAUCCAGCGCUUCCAGGGUAAAAACACAAACAAGAUUGCUCUCAAGAACCCACCAAACUACACACAGAUCCCUCCUUCAGUGAGCAACCCGCCGCUGCCGACUCUCGAGGUGGCCCGCAGCAAUGGGCCGCUGGGCGUGGGCCCGCUCAGUGCUGAGGAGUGGGGCUUCAUCUCGAAGUUCGCUCUCGGCGCGCUCACCUCGCAGGGAACCAUGGGCGGUUUAUUGCUCUCUGGCUUGCUCCUAAAAACCGUCGGCUGGCGCAUAGUAGCAGUAACGGGCGUGCUGUACGGCGCGCUGUACGCGUACGAGCGGCUGACGUGGACGGCGGCGGCGCAGGAGCGCGUGUUCAAGAAGCAGUACGUGGCGCACGCCAGCAAGAAGCUGCGCCUCAUCGUCGACCUCACCUCCGCCAACUGCAGCCACCAGGUGCAGCAGGAGCUGUCGACGAUGUUCGCGCGUCUGUGCCGGCUGAUCGACGAGGCGACGACGGAGAUGGACGGCGAGCUGAGCGAGGUGAAGGACGCCAUCAAGCUGCUGGAGGCCGCGUCCACGUCCGCCAAGAAGCUGCGCAACAAGGCCAACUACCUCUCGCACGAGCUCGAGCUCUUCGACGACUCCUUCCUCAAGCACAACUAGCCAGAGCAAUAUUUGCAACGGUUACUUCAUACAAUGACGCGAAACUUCGAAGUCCGAAGCCGGCCCUUUGCGGGCGCGCCCGUCUGUUGGAAUAGAACAUAGGCAUACGCCAGCUAUUAUUGUAUCGUUGUAUCUAUAUUGGGACUUAGAGACGCGGCGGUGGGCCGCUUCACACGGCCUAAAGUCGAUUCAUUCAUAUACAGAUCGCUACUCACAAAUUUGUUCUUUAAGAAUGAAUGGGCUUUAGCUCAGUUCAAGAAAGCCCCCUGCCGCUUUACACUUACAUGUAUCGGAAGUGACGGGCGGCGCCGAAGUACUUUAUUUUUAAGUGAAACGUUCCACUCGCCUCCUGAGCGACAUGACAGUCCGCGGGACAUCCCGCCGAGGCCAGCUUCGAAGGUAAACAUUAUGUAUAGACCUUGUACAGUCGUUGAUAUACCUCCUGUAAAUUAGUACUUUGUUGUUGUUGUUUUAAAGUUAUUUAUCACUUUUUUUAUGUAUUCUAUAAUGAUGAAAUCACGAGUAGAAUCGACUAAAAUCUUAUUAACUGUCUGACAUUAUAAUUUACUGCUUCUUUAUGGAUUAAAUGUUCCUGUUUUAUUUUAAUUUUGAAAAUGUUUACCUUCUUUUUACAAACGUGGUGCUACCAAUGGGAUGUAUAAAAACGGCAAAAUUCAUGAACAAACAUUGGAACUCGUUCUUAGAUACGGAGAUGUAUAGAAAUUGUUAAAGUAAUGGAGUUAUCUUUAUAAAUUGUUCGAUGUACUUUCUAAUCCUGCGUUAUUCAUUCAGUAUUUGUAUUCAUGGCUGUUUCUGCUUGUUUUCUAAUACAAAUAUUGGUUAUUUAUUUUAGGGUAAAUGUGCAUUUUAGCAAACUUGGGCUACAGAAGUUACUGUCUCUUUAGUUACCAAAUGCACUGUCGGCUGUGAGUUUACAUUCACACUCAUUCUAUUCGUCCAGGGACAAAAAAAACUAGGAAGAGAAAGUUAACUGUGAUACUGUUUGUUUUUCUAACCUCGUCUUGAAAGCUCAUGUACUAACCUUCAUCUACAGACGUACACUCACAGUCGGCAGGGGUGUAGUUGAACUCGCUAAGUUUUAAUUUAUUAUUGUGCAUUACAUUUCAGAGUUGUGCGACUUGAUAUUGCAUGUUACCUUUAUUCUAUCAAGGUUCAAGAUGCCUAAAUUAGAUAAUAAAUUGGGAUAAUUUAUGCCAUUUUAUUGCAGUUGGUCUCGAAAAUUUAUUUGGUAUUCUAGGGCCCAUCAAUGUUCCUCUAGCAAUCCAAACGUGCAAUACAAGUCGCCAACUUUAUCAUAAAAUUAGAUGACUCAGCUUCUCACUUUACAUAUUGUUAUGUAUUCUCGAGUAACAAAGAAUUUUUUAGUGGCAACUGUGACGCGAUGUUAUUUUAUACGCAAC